UGUUGUGUGUUGAUGAGUGAAGAACUGGAGUUGGGUUGCUUUGCUGUACAUUCUGUACUGUAUCUCUGUAAAAGUAAAUUGGAGGGAAAAUGAAAUGGAUGGUAUUAUAGUGAAUUAUUAUUGAUGUUGUGAAUGUUUUAUUCAACUGAAAAAGAAAUCUUCUUGUAAAUUUCAAAAUGGCAGAAAAUAAAAAGCAUAGCGAUUGCAUCGCUUUACUUUUAGAAAAAGGUGACCUUCCACCAUAUGCUAAAAAUCUGCUAACUGAGAAGAAAGAACAACUGGGAGAGAAUGUCAGAGUCAACGACCUAUCAUUUGAAGUUGAUGAAAUUUCAAAACUAUCAUCCUCCAUUUACCCCUUGCUGAAAAGUCUCCUGGUGAAAGUUCAGGAGGAUGAAGAAGCAACUAGAAAAAUCUCUCUAAUUCAUUUAGAUGCGAUUAUUUCACUAAUUGACCUAUUGAUGAUGAAGGUACCCGAAGAGUCAAUGCCUCCUGAAACCCUCAUGAAUAAUGUGGGCUUCCUCAAUAAAUUACUGAGCAUGGAUCUAAACAUCAAGAUCAAGAACAAAAUCUCUAGAAUAUGCGAACUGUGCUGCUACAAGAGAUGUCGCCUAAGCACCGAUUUCGUUAAGGAUACUCUGACGUUUCUUCUGAAAUAUGCACUUGAUACCACUCGACAAGUUCCAGUUCAAGACGUAAAACGAUUGUGGAAAAUCCAUGAGUCUAUAAAAAGUGUGAAUUAUAAAAGUCCGGAUUUUAUAAAGCUUCUUUUGCUAACCGUGAGAUCGAAUGAUUUUAUCUCAUAUAAAGAAGGGCAACAGUUCAUUGCAUUUCUGUUCAACCUGGACUCUGAUAUGAUAAAGUCAGUGCAUGAAGCCAUCAAAGAGUACCUUCCAUUCGUGAAGAAAACGCAAGCAGCGUCCUUCGGUAAAAUAUAUCACCUCGCUUGGACAAAUUCUGAAGAUGAACGACAGUUUUUUGAAAAGUAUUGUAUUCAAGAUUUGAUGUCUCGGAUAUUUGAAUUGAAUCGUGCCACUAGUUUCAUGGAAAUGUCAAUUCUUGGUAAAAAUGUACUAGCCAUACUAUCGGUUUUGCAUUCCAGUAGAAAACUAGUUCAUCUUAGCAAAAUAAUCACUGAUCUCUACAAGCCUCUAAUCUGGAGACAUUUGAGGAGUGGCAACAACAUAAUCAGAUGCAACGCAACUGAAGUGUUCUUGGAUGUGUAUCCUCUGGAGAUGCCGGGUGCAUCGAGGUCUGAGCAGAAGGCAUUCCUGGAGCGGCAGCACGAUGAAAUGGCCGAUUUGCUCGUUGACAACUGUCACGUUGUGCGCAUUCUUGCUGUAAAGGGUAUCUGUAACAGCUUGAGAAAUUUCUGGGCAACGUUCGGCGAUGAGAGCAUACGGAAAAUCAUGACCAUAAUAGUGAAUGAUUUGAUCAAUGACGGCUCGACUCCAGAAGUGCGCAAAGCUGUCUACAAAGGAUUCACCAGAAUGCUGACCAAUCCGCCCGAGAAAGGCGAGCCCUUUCCUAGUGCCGAAUACCUUGCCAAAGUGCUUCCUCGCCUCAAAGCUUACAUCCACGAUGAGAGUGAAAAAGUGCGCAAAGCGUUUGUUGAAAUGCUAAUACAAGUCAAAAAGAUUGAUUUGCCUUCUCUCAAGUACUGGGAAAUUGCAACUGCUGAACAUCUUUUGGCCAGAUUGGAGUUGGAGAAGGAAGAUGUCAGUAAACCUCUGGUCCAUUUGAUAAUGAGUGAAUUCUUUACCAACGACAAACCAAUGACUUCAGUUCUGAAGAGAAUCUGUAAAAUAAUUACAAUGAAUAAAUUGGCUGCGAGAAAAUUAUUCCUGUAUUCGAAGAAAUAUAUGGAAUUCGAUUUGGCAGUGGAACUUAUCCUCAGCAUCCUCACUGUUUUGAGAAAUCGUCUCAAAGAAAUAGAAGAGAAUCACGCUAAAACUAUUGCUUUGAAUAAGGAGAGGAAGAAGAGAAGAAGGGUUGGAUCAGUUUUAACAGAAAAGAACUCGAAUGACAAUAAUGCGAGCAGCAACGACUCAAUGAGCAGCCUGAGCAGUAAGGACAGCAGUUGCAGCUCGGCAGAGCGCGAGUCAAUGGCCCCGCCCCCUCAGCAGCAAACUCCCCACCACCUGGACAACGUGGAGGUAAGCCAUGCCUUUAUCGACAUCGUCACCAUCCUGUGGAGCUCCCACGGCGAGGAACUCUCGCAGCCGCAAAACGCCAAACAUAUGAGCAAUAUACAGGACAUGACUGCUCUCUGUGUACCCCAGUUUAUAAAACAUUUCAAGGGCACAGACUCAUUCUACGCGACGAUCCAUCUGGCGAGCAAUGUGCCACUGUCCAAGCUGACCGGAGUGACUACCAUCUCAAGCAUGUGCAUGUCACAGCUGAAAAGCAUGUCAUCUGAGUCGAGGGAUGCCGAGAUGGAGGUCUACAUCAAUGCGCUGUGCGCCUGGAACCGAGGACCCGAUCUGCUCGAACUGGUCACUGAUUGGCUCGACCAGGCCUUCCGGCUGCAGUCGCUCAACCAAUCAGCUGCUGUGAGGAGUAGUGCGAAGAGGAGGAAGGUGAAGUUUCAGAACGGUGAUGCCAAUCCACUGCAAGCUUUGAAAGUGCUGGAUAUGAUCUUCUCGUCCCUCACUAACAGCACAAGGAUCAUGAAAAAGUAUGCGGUCGUCCAUGAACUGUACAUAUUCCUGGAAAGGAUAAAGACUUUGAUUGAGAAGCGCAUCGAUCUUCAGAGUCCCUAUCCUGACGAAGCCCUGACGGACAACUUCAUGGAAUUGUGCCUCUACCGAUAUGCAAAACUGAUUCUCUUACUACACAAGGAGAGUCAUCCGGACACAACCAGAGAUACCGAGAACAGAUUCAGCACCGCUAGCAGGGAUGCUGAUAAUCGAUUCAGCACCACCAACAGAGAUUCCGAAACCGGCGCUAGCAUCGAAAAUAGACCCAGCACCGACAGUAGGCCUAGCACCGGAACUAGAGCCAGUACCGACAUCAGAUACAGCUCUCAGAUGUCUCUCAAUGAUCACAUCAAUCAGGUGGAAGGACCUUGUGCUUUUAUUGAUCUCAUCAAAUGGGCAAACAGAGUACUCAUCCCAGCAGUACAAGAUGCAAAUUGCAAUGUCAGUCAAUUGGCUGUGAAACUAGUGCAAGUCCUGUUGAAAACAUGCAAUGUUGCGGUGUCUAUCAAUUAUGUAAAUACAGAUAUGCUCCACACUCUCAUCAAUUUUGCUGACACUGUUCUCAAUACAGAUCAUAAAACAGCUUUCAUAAAAAUGACUCUGAAACUGUUUCAACUGAUGAGCGAAAAUUGUUUGGUUCACCGUGAGAAAGACGAGGAAAAGUUUCUUAGAGUAUAUCUGACAACUCUUUUCGAUAAAAUAGUGCUGACGAUAUCAGAGCGGCGGACAGGCGAUGAGAACAUCUUGGACCACAUACCUUCAAUUUCCGAGCUGAGAAGAUGCCUAAUAAGUCUGCCACAUUCGCUGAUUCUAUUGUUUGGUGCGAAAUCGCCAACUCUCCAAAACGUUCUGAACUCUCUUAUCAUGUCAGCUAUAGAGGCAAUCUCCUAUGAAAUGGAACAGAUGAACUCAUUAUGUCCUGUUGAAAAAAUCAAGAGCCUGCCGGGAGUGUCAUCGUAUCUUGUUGAUGUUUUGUUAUGGAAAGAAAACUUGUUCGCCGUGGCGUUAAAUAAACUGUCUCUUAUGAUCACUACCAAGUUCUAUGAUGAUUCAAAUCAUCUUCUGGCAGCAACCAGUCUUCUCUAUACGUUGUCAUUCAUUAAUAAACAAAAAAUCAGGCAACUUCUCAUAAGUCCGACGAAAAGUUGUUAUCAGUGCAUCAAAAAAUUCAAAGCCGAUGAGGAAGAGACUGAUAAAAAAGAGGAAGCUCCUGUAGCAGAAGACACAAUGAACACCUCCAAACUCAUCAUUUCACUUGAUGUGCAAAAAGCCGGUGAAUCGCUUCUUAAGGAUAUUUGCAAACGUCUAGAGUGCACCUUGGAAUAGAUUGACUAUGUCGUCAGCUUCGUCAAUGUUAGAUCAUUAAAAAUGAAACUAUUUUUAAAUCAAGUUGAUAGAGAAUUCAUGAAUCAUUACUGGAAUGUCUAUUAACGGGGCUUAUUUGAAAGCUUUAACUAGAUUCAAAUAGAUUUUUAUUGAAGAACUGAUGAACUUUUUCAACUCAUUAUACCCUGAUAUUGCAUUAUAAUUAUUAUUUAUGUUGCUUUUAUAGUAUGUAUAAACGUUUUAUAGAUCUUGUCUAUUUCUUGGACAUUAUACAUUCAUUUUAUGUGUGUUCAUGAAACAUUUCUAUGUAAAGUAAGCUAUUUAUAGUUCUAUGAGACAGUUAAAUUCAAUUAAAUAUUAUAUUUAUUUUUAAAUUUG